AAAUCUUGAAAAACAAAAAAGUUGUGGCUGCAAAUUGCCCAUCAGUUUUCUUGCAACCCCACUACCCAGAACCAAUCGCAUUCACUCUCCUCCAUCUCUCUAGCAAAAGGGUUCUCUUUGCUUGGCUGCCUAUUUUGAUAACAGUAUUAACUUCAGGCAAAUCAAGAUUCACCAAGAAUUAAAUUCUUUCAGUUUCAGACACACAUAUGUAGUCUCCUACCAAAAUUAGGGACAAAGAACGGUUGUAAAACGAGUUCUUCGCUAUCCAAGAACUGCAGUUUCCUUUUAUUGUCGGUUGUUUGAAAUUCUCAAUUGUUGAAACCAGUAGCAAAGCACCACAAAGGGGUACGACCAUUUACAGCCCACCUCAAGAAAGAGACGGAAUUAUGGUGUCUAGAUAGCAGAGAAGUGCGUGUUGUGUGUGUAUUUCUUGUUUUGUUAUUUGUUCGAAUUGUCUAGGUAGCAGAGAAUUAGGAUUGAAUUUUGUGUGUUUUUUCCUUUGUCUUGUUUGAGAUUGAUGGGAAUGUCAGGAAGUGGAUGUAGUAUAGUAUGGUUUAGGAGAGAUCUGAGAGUGGAAGACAAUCCAGCACUAGCUGCUGGGGUGAGGUCAGGGGCAGUUGUAGCACUGUUUAUAUGGGCACCUGAGGAAGAAGGGCACUAUUAUCCUGGAAGGGUCUCAAGAUGGUGGGUUAAGCAGAGUUUAGCACAUCUUGAUAGCUCUUUGAGGAGCCUUGGGACUUCUCUUGUUACUAAGAGGUCUACUGAUAGUGUUUCUUGUCUUCUUCAAGUUAUCAAAUCCACUGGAGCGACUCAACUCUUCUUCAACCAUUUAUAUGACCCUAUAUCACUGGUUAGGGAUCACCGAGCAAAGGAAGUCUUGACAGCUGAAGGUGUAGCAGUCCGCUCCUUCAAUGCAGACUUGCUCUAUGAACCUUGGGAAGUUCAUGAUGAGGAAGGUCGGCCAUUUACAACUUUUACUGGAUUCUGGGAGAAAUGCCUUAGCAUGCCAUACGAUCCUGAAGCUCCACUGCUCCCACCAAAAAGAAUUAUUCCUGGUGAUGUGUCAAGAUGCCCAGCAGACACUUUAGUAUUUGAAGAUGAGUCGGAGAAAGGAAGCAAUGCACUUCUUGCUCGGGCAUGGUCACCUGGCUGGAGCAAUGCAGAUAAGGCCCUAACAACCUUCUUAAAUGGACCACUCAUAGAGUACUCAAAGAACCGUAGAAAGGCCGAUAGCGCUACAACCUCGUUCCUUUCUCCCCAUUUACAUUUUGGGGAAAUUAGCGUCAGAAAGGUCUUCCAUCUUGUUCGCAUUAAGCAAGUUCUCUGGGCUAAUGAAGGUAAUGUAGCAGGUGAAGAGAGCGUCAACUUGUUCCUCAAGAGUAUUGGCCUUAGGGAGUAUUCGAGAUACAUGAGUUUCAAUCAUCCUUACAGCCAUGAAAGGCCUUUACUUGGACACCUGAAGUAUUUCCCUUGGGUUGUGGAUGAGGGCUACUUUAAAGCCUGGAGACAAGGAAGAACGGGAUAUCCUCUGGUCGAUGCUGGUAUGAGGGAGCUGUGGGCCACUGGCUGGCUACAUGAUCGGAUACGGGUAGUUGUCUCCAGUUUCUUUGUGAAAGUUCUGCAGCUGCCUUGGAGAUGGGGAAUGAAGUACUUCUGGGAUACCCUACUGGAUGCAGAUCUUGAGAGCGAUGCUCUUGGUUGGCAAUAUAUAUCUGGUACUCUUCCAGAUGGUCGUGAGUUUGAUCGUAUUGAUAAUCCCCAGUUUGAGGGCUACAAGUUUGACCCCAACGGAGAGUAUGUUCGACGAUGGCUUCCUGAACUUGCCCGAUUGCCAACCGAAUGGAUACACCAUCCAUGGAAUGCACCAGAAUCUGUGCUCCAAGCUGCUGGAAUUGAGCUCGGCUCAAAUUACCCUCUUCCCAUCGUCGAAAUUGUUGCUGCAAAAGCCCGGUUGCAAGAAGCACUCUCGCAGAUGUGGCAGCAUGAAGCAGCUUCAAGAGCUGCCAUCGAGAAUGGAAUGGAGGAGGGGCUCGGAGACUCGUCUGAGUCUACCCCUAUUGCGUUUCCCUCAGAGACACACAUGGAGAUGGAUAAUGAACCUAUCAGAAACAACCCCACAAACAAUAUCAUUCGACACUAUGAGGAUCAGAUGGUGCCAAGCAUGACAUCCUCUUUUCUGCGGGUCGAAGAUGAAGAGACAUCAAUCGAGCUUAGAAACUCAGUCGACAACAGCAGAGCUGAGGUACCGUCGAAUAUAAACGUAACAGAGGAGCCAAGAAGAGAAGUACAUGGCCAUGCUAUUAUGCAGGCAGAUAGAACCAAUGAUGCUUUCCCGCAUACUAAUUUUUCAAGAGCUCGUAGAAACUCUGAAGAUUCAACAGCAGAAUCAUCGAGUAGCAGUAGAAGAGAGAGAGAUGGUGGUGUAGUUCCAGUUUGGUCUCCCUCGAGUUCUAGCUACUCUGAUCAAUUUCCCGGUGAGGAUAAUGGUAUCGGAACCAGUUCCUCUUACUUGCAAAGGCAUCCGCAGUCUCACCAGCUAUUGAACUGGAGGAGGCUUUCUCAAACUGGGUAAGUCGCAAUCUUUGCAUAAUGCAUAAAAAUGCUGCUAGCAGUUUCGACAUAUAUCAGUUUCAUGCUCUUUCUACCAGAUGACUUCCGCAAAGACCUUAUAUUGGAAUGAACACAGCCGUUGUAGUCAGUGUGAUGGAACCAGCAUCUAAUGUAAAACAUAUCUGCUUUUCAUCACACUGAUCACACCAGAUCAACAAUCCAUUGCCAUCUACAAUUUUUUCCUAGUCUGGAUCAGGUGAUCCGUCUUGCUGUUGUACGAUAUUUGUAGUUCUGCUGUAUAGUUAUAUAUAUUGUUCCACAAGCUCGGACAAAUAUCAACGUAGACACGUGCAGCCUUUCAAUAAAUGCAGGUUUGCGCCUUGUAUAUUAUUCUAUUGACUAGGGAGAUAUUUCGAUUGCAAUAAUGCUCUACUCCACAUUGUUCAUCGAUACAAUACUUCUAUGUUUGACCGCAAAGUUACGCACGAGCUCUUGUAGAGUAACCUGUAGAUUGUUUCAA